UCGGGGGGGGGGGGGGGGAGUGCUGGGUAGUACAGUUCAAAUAGUCAAAUAGUAAUAUAGCAGACUCUUUGUGAUUAAUUAAUCAAUUUGAUCAGAGAUUUUAUUGACGGUGGUUACAGGGCCGGUGGAGCAGAGUGGGCCAGGUGGGCCAUGGCCUACCCAACUUUUGACCACCAACUGGCUUUUUCAAGAACUUUCGGAAAAUUGGUUCAAGCUAUUAAAUAGAUUAGCUAUUACAUUCACUGUGGGAGGGCUUGGCCACGCAAGACCUGGCCCACCCAACAUCUGGAGUGCUCCACCUGCCUGGACUGUUAACACUCAUCAAAUGUGCUACAUGUACAUACAUGAUGUGUUGCAGAUAUGUUUCUUUCCUUGUUUGCUUUCUUCGUCUUCUCUUUGUUUCUUUUUUUUUCUUUUCCCAUCUCUUUGCUUUGGCUCUCUAGGGUUUUAGUAAGUGAAGGCAUAUGAUUUGACGGUCUGGUCUAGUUUCCUUUUCAUCGUCUUCAGAGUAUCACACACAGUCAGGCAAAAAUGUAGUAGCCAGUGUUUGGUGAAGGGUAUAGAUGUAUAGUCCAUGAAGGCGUGUGGUUUAGCAUGUGAGAUAAUUGUGUAACCGCCUAGGCUUUUUUCUACACGGAUUUCACUUACAAUAUAAAAGACAUAUGAAACAACGCAAGGUUCAAUUUAUUUUUGAAUGUUUAGUUUAUCUAUUAGAUAUGUUGUGUUUCAACAGUUUGUCUAGUAAAAGUUGAAAGUGUAGGAAAUCAGUCAUGGAAACUGAAGUUGCGUUAUCUAUUUAAUUAAACUGCUUCUAAACACAGUCAAUGACUGUUGACUCUACUUAGCUUUGUGUGUAGUAAGCUAUAGUCGUUCCAAGUAGCCAUGACACUGGCUUAGCGUGGGGGGAGGCAUUGGGGGUUAAAACCUCCCCAAUCUUCGUAGGCGUGUUAAGCAAAAGCGCCAUGUUUCCGUCAGGUUACCAAACAGUGAGAUGAAUCUUUGUCCAUCACACUGUCCCGGCAAUGGCGGACGUAAAAGUAAAAUGGGCGUGGUUUUGCAGUUUGAUUGAUCAGCCUCCCACACUUGAGGACCACGCUAUGCCGGUGGCCAUGAAUUAUAAAGAAUGUAUUUGUUUGACGUUAGUGAGAGGAUUUCAAAAUUGAAAUUUACUUUGUGUGGCCCCUGCAAUAUGUUAUUACAACUUGAUCACAUCACUGAACGUAUUAGGAGAGGAUGGUCAAAUGAAUUUCAACAUGCACAGUUUUUUACCCGUCCGUACUCGAUUAGCUUCGACAUUCUUGGUCUGUGCAUGUGUGCAGACGUUGACUGUCAUCGUUGCCGUCGAAAUGUAUGCGUUUCCAGGUCUAUGUCUGCUCGUUGCCCUUGUCCAUGUACGGAGUCAGACGCACGAGCGAGCGAACUCCUACGUCCACGAAAGAAGCGGAUCCUUUUCGCAAGACUACGAGGCCAAUCGUUGGCAUUCGUUUUACAGCUGGAGUCGCAACAGUCCAGCAGCGCGGCAGCACGCGGCGGCAUCCGUAGUCGUCGACGCAAAACCGGACGGCAGCUCGAGAGAACUGAUGUUGAUCUACGGGGGCGAAUGCAGCACCCUGGAAAGCGUCGCGUGGAUAUACGACAUCCAUUCCAACUCUUGGGAAGCCGUCGACCGAGAGUCCGUCCCUCCGGCAGUCGCCAUGCACACGAUGGUGACUCUCUGCCAACGACGGGUGCUGAGUUUCGGCGGCUAUCGUUAUGCCGACGGUUCUGGAACGAGAAUGUGUAGUAACGAGACGUGGAUUUUUGAUAUGGCACGAAAGGAGUGGAGUCUCGCGACGACAACUCUUCAUCCCAACAAACGUGGCACCUACAUCGCUCCCCGAUGCAGACACGCCGCGACGGUAGUACGUGACGACAGCAGUCGGUGCAGGUGUAAAGAGUCGAUGCUUGUUUAUGGUGGAUCCGCUCUUAGGGACAGCACGUGGGGACCGGGUCCACACGCCGGUGCUCUAAGGGAUCUCUGGCUAUUGCGUUGCAACGACGAUGCGAAUCAGAUAUAUGAGUGGAUAAGACUUAGCGAAAAGGGACCAAAACUUUGUCAUCCUGCGGCUGUUUCCGUCUUUAACAAGACAAUGAUGUACGUUUUUGGUGCCAUAUUUCCCGGCCAAUACUGGACAGUCUGGUCGUUCUGUCUGGCCAAUAAAACCUGGUCGAGACAAAGCGUUGACAAUAAGAAACGAGAAUCGGCUCCCGGACGAGGUGUGUACAUGACGACUAAUCGGACGGAGCAUUUUCUAGUUUCGUGUUGUGCAAAGCCGCUGACCGUUUUCGAUCUCGUCCGACGUCGUUGGUUUCGACCCGAGCAGUCGGGGCCGCACGGCAUCCCGAGCUUUCAGGCGUCGUCGGCGAUAACCGCCGACGUCGGAGGACGGGAAAUCCUCGCGUUCGGUCGGCCAUUCUUCGUCAUCGAUGCGAGUCACAAUUGGAUGUGGCGUUUGACGAUUCUCGUUAACGGUUCGUGGCAUUGGUCGGUGGAGAAGACACGGGCAUCGAGCUCUCUCUCUGGGAGAUCUUUCAUGGUGGCCGGAUUGAUGGCGACGCAGGAAGAAGCACUCUUGUUUGGUGGGACGGUACUGGGAGGGGAUGUUGAGCAAUUGGGUAGUGAUAACAAUCUGCAUCGUUUAGACUUAAAUACUCGCAGGUGGUCGGUCGAGGUUAUCGACAUCGGGAAUCGACUGGGACCGACGUAUGGGUUCAGAGCCACAGGGACGGUCCUCGCCGAGUCGAUCAUGAUCGUGUAUGGCGGAUUUACACCUCCACGGUGUUGUUGGUUGAAAUUUCUACAAUCGUUAUCACCGCGGAUUGAAACUUGGGGCUAUUAUAAUGACGUGAGGAUGUGGGUGAAGUAUGAGACCCAAGGGAGAGAGCCGACGGGAAGAGUGUUUCACUCUGCUGUAGCCACGGGCUUCGACACGAUGGUAAUAUAUGGCGGGUUCAUUCUACUCGACAAUGGCGGUGGUAUAACGAGAAAGAUGAAGGUCCGUCGCGACCUCUGGAUGUUUACUCUAUUUCCGUCGAAUAAUGACAGUGCCGAUUUGUCAGCGCAAGAGACCGAUUCAUACUGGCGUUUGAUCGACUCAGUUGGUCCCGGCACGUCCUACUUGACAUCACUCGUCGCCAUCGACGACACUCUCUAUUUGUACGGUGGAUCAGACACCAUCAUUAAGCUCGAUCUAAAUUAUGAAGAGGGAUUUUCCGUGCUGACUCUUUCUGCCAGCUGCAAGGACAACCUGUGGACGUACAAUCUCUCCUGCGGCAUGGAAUGUACAUGGAGAGCUGUCCCGUAUGGGGACAUAGGACCCGGACGUCGCUGUGUGCAUGAAGCUUUUGCUUAUGGAGAUCACAUGUUGGUGACAGGAGGCUGUUUCGGUCCGGCAACGGUGAAGCUCAAUUUUGACACCUACCUGUCGCAAUACCAAUGCCACGUAGAGUCGUCCACGUCUGGUGUGUGGCUCUACAAACCAGCGGUGAACACGUGGUUUCAUUUGACGGCUCAGUCGAUGUAUCACAGCGGUAUAUUCGGGACUUCUAGCCUUUUGUGGAAUGACCUCUUGCUGUCGUUCGGUGGACUGCCGCACGAAUCUCUAGCCAUUGGACAAGUUCCCAAGGACUGGCUGGGCUUUUCUUUUUACAGACCGGCAUGCCCCGCUGGUACAACAACUAGUGACCUGAAGAUUCACGUGUGCACGGAUUGUCCCUUGGGCUACUUUGCUGCUUCUCCUGAUUCUGCUUGCGUUCAGUGUCCGGACGGACUGACCACAGUGUCCCCGGGAUCGACCAGUCGAGCAAACUGCAGCCGGUGUGUGCGCGGCUAUUGCGGCUACGGAGUCUGUACGGUCGCACUGCAGGGUCCCGCUCCUUCUUGUACGUGCCGGUUCGGAUUUACCAAAGACGAUGACGGACUGUGUAACGAAGCAACGUACUACAUUGCUGGAACGGGGUUUGUAGCCGGAUUAGCGCUUCUCGUGCUCGUCUUUGUAUUGCUGGCGAAGGCUCGGACGGUGAGAAAACGUCAUAGCAUCGUGUUGAGGGAUAAAGACAGCGAGUUAAGUCGUCGCAACGUUAUACUAGAGAAGAAGGAUCGUGAGCUGAUAGAACUCACUAACAGUUGGAACAUCGAUUCUAAGGAACUGAGACUGCGGAGGAGAAUCGAUAAUGCGUAUCCCGGUGCGUACGGCGAGGUGCACGAAGGAGAGUACAGAGAAAUGAUUGUGGCGGUCAAAAAGUUGCAAGGAGUUCAUCGCCCUAUCAAUCGCAUUUACUUAGAAUUUGAACGUGAGAUCGAGGUGAUGAGAACGAUCAGACACCCAAACAUCGUUCUCUUCUUGGGGGGUGGUCGUUACCAUGACGACGGUUGUCCGUUCCUUGUGGUGGAGUACAUGCCUCGCGGAUCGCUCACGACGAUAUUGAGCAACCAAGACAUCUAUCUCGACGACGACUCGAAACUGCGAUUCGCCACUGACGCUGCGAAGGGAAUGCGGUUCUUGCACAGUCAACGUCCGCCUCGAAUCCAUCGUGAUCUGAAGAGUGGUAAUCUGUUGGUGAGUCAGAAGUGGGUCGUCAAGGUUGCCGAUUUUGGAGCAGCUCGCCUGGUGAAAGACGAAGGAGUGUGUCAGGACGCUGUGAGAGGAGAAGGGUUUCUUGAUCAGUCGGCUCCCCUUCUUCACGCCGACUAUCAACUCUCGUCUGGCGUUGGAACACCGUCUUGGUGUGCUCCAGAGAUAUUAUGUGGGCAACGAUAUGGAACACCAGCCGACGUCUACAGUUUCGGUAUUGUCAUGUGGGAGAUUUGGUCACGGAAGUCUCCCUAUUAUGAUCAAACGUGUCGACGUUUGACAAUGUCUAUUGUGAAUGGCAUCAGGCCGACUGUGCCGGAGGACGAGCCGGACUGCUAUAUCCAACUGAUGCAAGCCUGUUGGUCAGGAAAAGCAGACUGCAGACCAACGUUUCGGGAAAUUGUACGCAUGCUAGAAGACAUGAGUGAAAAGAGCAUAAGCUUAGUGCGUCCUGACGCUUGAGAUGAAAUUGAUUAACAUUGCACAGCACUGGAGCAGGAUUCUGGGAUUCCUAGUGGCUUGCACAGCUUCCGUAUAGUUUCUGUUGUGUAAACUUUUAGACAUGAUUGACUUUGCUGCACUGACUUGCGUAGUCUGUUGUUAGGUUGUAGUGCGUGACAGCAACAAGGAGCUGCAAUUUGCGUU